GGCAUUCCUCUAUUCUCUUGUUUCAGCUUAAUAUUCUUCAUUCUGAACUGGCAAAACAGCUUGCAGAUACAAUGGUUCUACCAAUAAUACAAUUUCGAGAAAAGGAUCUCACAGAAGUAAGCACGUUGAAGGAUCUUUUUGGCCUUGCUAGCAAUGAACAUGACGUGUCCAUGGCAAAGUAUAGCAGGUUACCGAAAAGGAAAGAAAAUGAAAAGCUUAAGGCAGAAGUGGCAAAAGAAGUGGCAAAUGCAAGAAGAAAGCAGCAUCUUUCAUCUCUGCAAUAUUACUGUGCCCUGAAUGCUCUGCAGUACAGGAAGAGAGUGGCAAUGAUGGAACCUAUGCUAGGAUAUACACGAGGACAGAUCAACUUUUUUAAGAAAGGAGCAGAGAUGUUUUCCAAAAGAAUGGACGGCUUUUUGUCAUCUGUUUCAGAUAUGGUUCAAAGCAUACAGGGAGAGUUGGAUGCUGAAGCUGAAAAAAUGAGGGUAUCCCAGCAGGACUUAAUUGCAGUUAAUGAAUCUGUUUACACCCCAGAUUCUGAUGUAACUUCACCUGCUAUCAAUAGAAAUCUCAUCCAGAAGGCUGGCUACCUUAAUCUUAGAAAUAAAACAGGUCUGGUGACAACAACCUGGGAAAGACUGUAUUUCUUCACUCAAGGUGGCAACUUGAUGUGUCAGCCAAGGGGAGCAGUAGCUGGAGGAUUGAUUCAGGACCUGGACAACUGCUCUGUUAUGGCUGUAGACUGUGAAGACAGAAGAUACUGCUUUCAGAUCACUACUCCUACAGGCAAAGCGGGUAUAACCCUUCAAGCAGAAAGCAAGAAAGAAUAUGAGGAGUGGAUUUGUGCCAUCAACAACAUCUCCAGACAGAUCUAUCUCACUGACAAUCCAGAGGCAGCUGCAAUCAAGUUAAAUCAGACAGCCCUACAAGCAGUGACGCCCAUUACCAGCUUUGGGAAAAAACACGAAGUUCACCACGCCAGCCAGAAUGUAAAGAAUAUGGAAAAUGAUAAAAUAAUUCCCAGUGAAUCAGCUGGCAUUCAAGACUCCACACAACUCAUUGCUCCUGGAACACCGAUUCAAUUUGAUAUUGUACUGCCUGCCACAGAAUUCAUGGACCAGAACAGAGGUGGCAGGCGUGCCAACCCAUUUGGGGAAUCUGAAGACAGCAGCAAAGAUGAGGAGGAAGAUUCACUCUUGCAGCAGAUGUUCGUAGUUCGGUUUUUAGGAUCUAUGGCUGUUCAGUCAGAUGACACAAGUGAGGUGAUUUAUGAAGCUAUGAGACAAGUGUUAGCUGCUCGUGCCAUUCACAACAUAUUCCGUAUGACUGAAUCCCAUCUCAUGGUCACCAGCAAGAACUUGAGGUUAAUAGAUCCUCAAACCCAAGUUACACGAACAAGUUUUGAACUUGCCACUGUGACACAGUUUGCUGCUCAUCAGGAUAACAGGCGACUGAUUGGCUUUGUGGUCCAUCUCAGUGAGACUCUGGGAGAAGAAUCCAUGAGCGCAUAUAUUUUUGAGAGCAACACAGAAGGGGAAAAGAUUUGCUAUGCCAUUAGCUUGGGAAAAGAAAUCAUCGAGGCACAGAAGGACCCAGAAGCAUUAGCUCAGCUAAUGAAGUCUGUGCCGUUAACAAAUGAUGGAAAGUUCAUGCUUCUGAAUGAUCAGGCAGAAGAGGAUGGAACUGUACAUGAAGAAGGGGAGGAGUCAGAAGCAUAA